CAGCUAUUAUGCUUGCUUCCGAGGACACAAGGAGUUAAAAAGAGCAAGUCUUUUGAGCUGAGGAAGUUUCUAUAGAGGAUUAUUUCAGGGGAAAUUUAAGGGUUUGAUCAGCUUUUGCGUUUGUGCGGGAUGGAUCAAAUUGUUUCAGGAGAAGAAGAAGAUCUUGAUGUAGAUAUGGAAGAUGGUAGAUUCAAUGAGACACAAGAGAUAACGAAGAAUCUUGUUUCAGCAGAAGGGGAUUCAGAGAAUGGUUUGGAUCAUGUUUGGAGUGGACGUUUGAGUUUUGAUGGGUCUGAAAAGAGUGCUGAUGAUCUGGUAGACCCUUUAAUGGGAGACGGAAAGCGGAGAGAAAGAAGCAGCCAAAGUUUGGAUCUUUCGGAUAUGAAGUUUGAUAAUGUGAAGUUUAAGAAGACGAGAAAGCCUUCAAAGCCGCCGAGGCCUCCAAAAGGUCCUUUACUGAGUGCAAAUGACCAGAAGUUGAUGAGGGAAAUCACGGAGCUUGCUAUGAGAAAGCGUGCUCGCAUUGAACGGAUGAAAACACUGAGAAGAUUGAAAGCAGCAAAGUCCUCGUCUCCCUGCAGUAGUAUUUUCGCCAUGAUAGUGACGGUUAUAUUCUUCGUCUUCUUAAUAUUUCAAGGGUUCUUCACAAGCAAUGCAAGUUUGAAUUCAGACAAUUCACCUGCACCAAAUAAUUCAGCCAAUAACCGGAUGGUCUCUGUUCAAUUCUACAAUGAGUUUGCUCCUCGUGAGAGAAUCGAUCCCAGCCCAACUACUUCUUUCAGGUAUAAGAGAGUCUCAGGUGCAGACAAUGAAGAAAACACAAGAGAAGUUACCAGAUGAGUUUCUCUUCGGAUUCUUGUAAAAUGUAACCAAAAACACUACUUAUGUUUUGUUUGUUCGUAAAUUCUUGACAUCACUCUAAUGUUCCUUUGCUCUGUUUGUGUUCACAUGUUUGUCUCUGUGUUACUCUUCUUGUAUAUAUUCUAUGGAUGAAUCUGCUCAUUUUUUGUCCUUAGCUUCAAGGUUAGGUUUGUACAGCAACUGACUCUUAU